CUUCCUUUCCUUCUCGAUCCCCCAUCCCCCUUCCUCUCUCUCCACUCUUCCCUGCCGUCGUCUCAUACCGCCAUCAUAUUUUCUUCUCUCUCGCUUUCCCCUUCUAAUUCCUUCCUUCUCCUUUUCCGAGUUAAUGCGCCCCCAAGUCUCCCCUUUCCGAACCCCAAUCUAGGGUUCCCAAAACCCCACCAAACCUCCCCAAGAUUUAUUCCCCUCCAGAUCCGGCGCCGCCGGGAAUGGCUGCCCCGGAGAUCCCGGCCUGGCUUAAAGGUCUUCCCAUGGCCCCCGAGUACCGGCCCACCGAGACAGAGUUUGCCGACCCCAUCGCCUUCAUCUCCCGCAUCGAGGGCGAGGCCGCAGCCUUCGGCAUCUGCAAGGUUAUCCCCCCGCUGCCCAAGCCCUCCAAGAAGUUCGUCCUCGCCAACCUCAACCGCUCCCUCUCCACCUCCCCCGACCCCGUCCCCGGCUCCCGCCCCGCCGCCCCCAGCGACGGAGCCGUCUUCACCACCCGCCACCAGGAGAUCGGCUCCCGCCGCACCCGCGCGCCGGUCCACAAGCAGGUCUGGCAGAGCGGGGAGGUCUACACGCUGGAGCAGUUCGAGGCCAGGUCGAAGGCUUUCGCCCGAUCGCAGCUCGGCGGGUUCAAGGAAGUCAGCCCAUUGCUGGUGGAGACCCUCUUCUGGAACGCGACGUUGGAGAAGCCCAUCUAUGUGGAGUACGCCAAUGACGUUCCCGGGUCUGGAUUCGCUGUGCCGGAGGAGCCCUUCCGGUACCACUCCCACCGGAGGCGGCGGCAGAAGAGAGGGUUUGGCAGGGGAAGGGUUCAAGAACCGAAAUGUCCGUGCCUGGCAGCUUCCAGUGAGGCGGUGCGGCAGAAUAUUUCGGUUGCUGAGAGCAGCGAGAGGGAGGGCACCGGCACUGGCACCGCGGGAUGGAAGCUUUCGAACAGCCCUUGGAACCUUCAGGUGAUUGCUCGCGCACCUGGUUCGCUCACCCGGUUCAUGCCCGAUGAAGUGCCGGGUGUUACCUCCCCGAUGGUUUAUAUCGGGAUGCUGUUCAGUUGGUUCGCUUGGCAUGUCGAGGAUCAUGAGCUGCACAGCUUGAAUUUCCUCCACAUGGGCUCUCCCAAGACUUGGUAUGCUGUGCCUGGGGAAUAUGCGGCCACUCUUGAGGAGAUUGUUCGGGUGCAAGGUUAUGGAGGAAAUGUUGACCGGCUGACUGCUUUUACUAUGUUGGGGGAGAAGACAACUUUGUUAUCUCCUGAAGUUCUGGUGUCAUCAGGGGUGCCUUGUUGCAGAUUAGUCCAGCAUCCUGGCGAGUUUGUUGUCACGUUUCCAAGGGCUUAUCAUGUAGGCUUCAGCCAUGGAUUUAAUUGUGGAGAAGCUGCCAAUUUUGCAACUCCGCAAUGGCUAAAGGUAGCCAAAGAAGCUGCAGUACGAAGGGCAGCCAUGAGUUAUCUUCCCAUGCUCUCCCAUCAACAGCUGCUAUACAUGUUAACAGUGUCCUUUGUCUCUAGAGUUCCUAGAGAAUUAUUGCCAGGUGUACGAAGUUCACGCUUGAGAGACCGUAAGAAAGAGGAUAGAGAAAUUCUGGUCAAAAAAGCAUUUCUGGAUGACAUGAUGAAUGAAAAUCGUCUAUUAUGUGAUCUUCUUGCAAAAAUAUCAACUCCUUAUGUGGUGUUAUGGGAACCUGAGCUGCUGCCUUUGCCAUGUACUGGUCACCAGUCAUAUUCUUCUUCCAUGUCUCGUCAAGCACAUGGGUUGGUGGAUGAUGAUGAUUGUAGGAAGGCUCAGUCUCAACUCAAAGGAAAGAGUUCUUUUGACUGCAAAGAAGAUGAUCGUUGUGUUGUUGAUGCAGAUAGAGCAGAAGCAGAUGUCAAUAGCAUAUCAUAUCAAAAUGUAUCAUGUGAGACACAGAAGAAUACUUGCCAUCCUGAUUGCAUGAGUUCUCAGGGGGGAGUGAUGGACAGUACAGAUGUUGAUGAGGAUGAUUUACCAUUUGGUUUGCAUGUUGAUUCAGGAUCAUUGGCAUGUGUUGCUUGUGGAAUCCUUGGCUAUCCAUUUAUGGCUAUCUUGCAACCUUCUGAAAAAGCAUUAAAGGAGCUUUUCUCUUUAAAUUGUGAAGAGUCUGACCUGAAGUUGGAAAAAUCGGAGUCUUUGGGUCAACCACCACACCUACCAAGUACUAUAAAGAAUUUUUAUUCAGAUUUAGAAAAAAAUGACAUUAAACCUGAGGAACGGAGAAAGUUUGAUUUAAUAUGCAACUUGUCUCCUGAAGAAAGUGGCCAUGCAACUGAUGCCCCAAGUGCUAUCAAGGAACCUUCAUCUUACCCUACCAAAGUGCCAGAGGUGACUUGCGAAUCAAUUGUUCAGCCUAGAGCUGACAACAGAUCUGGCACCAGCAGUUUGCCCAAUAAUUCUGCAAAUGAUAUGGAAUACCUACAUAUGUUUAGUUCAAUGGAAGUAGGUGAACAGAACCCACAAAGCGAGAACACUGUAUGUGCUCCUAGAAAAGACCCAGAAUGUCAACAUUCAAACAGGCUACGUUCUUUUGAUGAGGAGAAUGAAUAUGAUGGGACUGUGCACACGACGGCUAAUGCAAUAUUUCAAAAUGAUUUAUGUAGCUCUAAAUUUUCUAGUGCAAAGCCUUUAAAUAAAACAGACAGGCUACUUGGCACGACAGUGGCAAGGUGUUGUCAUGAGAACACAAAGUGGAAUACAUCUAGUGAAUUUCUAAGAUCGCGAAUCUUCUGCUUGCAACAUGCUCUUGAGAUUGAGGAGUUGUUGCAGUGCAAAGGUGGUGCUCAUGUGCUCAUUAUUUGCCAUUCAGACUAUCUCAAAGUAAAGGCACUUGCAAUAUCAAUUGCUGAAGAAAUUGGUAUUCAGUUCAAUUGUAAAGAUGUUCCACUGGAGAAUGCUUCUCCACCAGAUCUGGAUUUAAUUAACACCUCGAUAGAUGAUGAAGAACAUGAAGAAGAUGGCAAAGAUUGGACCUCAAAAUUGGGAGUGAAUCUAAAAUACUGCAUCAAGCUAAGAAAGCAGCAACCAACAAAUCAAGAACAGCUUGCAAAUCAAGAGCGGCUUGCAUUAUCUUUGGGUGGAAUUUUUUCCAAUCCUUCUCCUGUUUCCCCUAUUUCAAAUCUCAAGUGGCUUUGCCGGAAAUCUCGCACCCAGUAUAAGGUAAUUGGUACCUUCCAGUCAAAAUCACACACUGAUGCAAAUACUGAGGAGAGCAAACCUGUAACUGAAAGUCCAAAUGUCAAUCCUGCCAAUGAAAUUCAAGUUUAUAAGAGCCGUAAAAAUGGGAGAAAUGACAUGGCUAGUAAGCAUCGUGCUUGUUCUAGGAAAGGUGCACCAAAAGAAUUGGAUGCUUACAAUGAUGUUGCAAUGGUUAAUAGGGAUGAUCAUAGAAACACAUCUGGCCAUACCCAUCAGACUGGAAGAAUGGUAGAUGACAGUACUGAUAAUUUGCUUACUGUCCCUAUUCUUAUUGCUGAAUAUCCUCGAAUGCAUCGAGAUGGUUGGGCAACAAAGAAAAUUAGCGCAGAACAUAUUAUUUUUGCCUCUACAAAAUCUCGUAAUUUGUCUAUACCGGUUGAUUCACCUGUUGUGUCUUGUGAAAGUCGACCAAAGAUCCAUUGCAGCAAGCUAAGCAAUAAAAUGAUUAUUUCUGAACCUGAAAAUCUGGAAACUUCUCAUCCAUAUUUUAAUGUGCCAAUGCUAGAGUGUUCAGAAUUGGAACAAGAUGGUGUAGAGGGAUCUAUGUCAAGAUGUAAGGUUGGUGGUUUGGAGAAGUCCAGGUUUGAAGUGAAUAUUGUGAUGUUGGAAGGUGAAUGUUCUGAAGUUCAAAAAGAAGAAAGAGCGGUGGAUGGAACUCACUCAGAGCAUGAAAUACAUGGAACUGUAAAACCUGUCUGCGAACCAACUUUAAGAACUGUUGAUAGGUCUGAAGAUCUGCCAGAGGUAAUGGCAAAUCUAUCUAAUUCAGAGGGCAGUCUUGGAAUGUUUUCAUUGUCAGAAGAGCAGUUAACUGUUCCAUUGUUAUCAUCCAAUAGUUCUGAAAUGCAUCUUAAUAUUCCAGCCUUGAACAAAUCUGAGCUAAAGAACAUGGGCGCUAAUUCAGCAGAAGGUAAUAUUGAAAGGCAGGAAGAACUUCCAGCUGCAAGGGAAGGUAUUCUGCAGGGUGUUGUGGUUGGUGGGAAUGAAAACCAGUUUACAGCUGACAACACAGCAGUUAAAAGUUCUCAAAUUCAGCAGGCAGCCCACUUGGCAAAUGAUACAAAAGCAAAUUGUGAUGUUAUUGAUUAUUUAAAAUCAGAAUAUCAUUCUGUUAAUACAAAACCUGUAAUUGAUGAUUCAAAGAAUUCGGCGAAUACUGGUUCUGUUUCCGUGGCCGAUGGCUUAGGAAUGCAGGAAGUCAUUGAAAACACCAGAGACAUGAGUCUUAAUGCGGGUAGUGAUAACUCCCCUCAGAAUGUAGAAAGACAUAAUAAGACUCCAACCAGAGUAGUUCUCAUACAGUAUGUGAGACGCAGAAAUAAGAGAAAGCGAGAAGCAGAGCAGAUAGCAGAAAGUCACAAUAGCUGUAUAAGCUUUGUGCGUGGCCCCUGUGAGGGCUUGAGGCCAAGAACUGGGCGACCUGCAGCUUUGAUGUCUGACACUAGUAUCAUGGAGAAGAAGGUUACUCCGAUGAAAGCAAACAAGAGGCCAGAGAAAUCAGUUGUUCAGAAGGGCAAAGAUAAGGGCAAGGAGGCCUUCAAGUGUGAUGUUGAAGGGUGUCAAAUGAGUUUUAGGACACGGGGAGAGCUCUCACUCCACAAGCGCAACUGCUGCACAUACGAGGGAUGUGGGAAGCGAUUCCAUUCUCACAAGUAUGCGAUGCGGCACCAGUGUGUCCAUGAUGAUGAAAGGCCCCUCAAGUGUCCUUGGAAGGGUUGUAACAUGUCCUUCAAGUGGGCAUGGGCCAGGACAGAGCAUAUCCGGGUUCACACAGGAGAGCGCCCCUACAAAUGCAAGGUCUCCGGGUGCGGACAGACAUUCAGGUUUGUGUCUGAUUUCAGUCGCCACAGAAGAAAAACUGGGCAUUAUGUGAAUUCUUCUGCCAGAUGAUUACUCUUCUUUUUAGGAUUGAGGGUUUGGUUCUGGCUGCUAAGGGUUUCUUUCAGGCAUGGAAGGAUAAGUCCUUCCUAACUUUUGGGUAGUUCUAACGUUCCUUUUUCUUUGAAGAUCAGCAAAAGACAAUCCAAUUAGCAUUCAGAUUCACUGAUUGGGUGUAGAUUUGUACAGACUGAUCCCCUGAAAGUCUGCAGUCCUCUGCUGUCACUGUUAAUUGAAUGUUGAAUCAAGCUUGUCAAUUCGUUACGUUCUAAUAUUUAGUAUUGGUUUCUGUUAUAUCUGUAACUGCCUUUUGCUAAUUUGACAUGUUAUUGCUGGUGAAGUCACUGAAGUCAAUAAGCAUAAAUAAUUGCGGCUUUUAA